AUGCUAGUCGUCGGUCUAACAGGAGGUAUAGCAUCAGGCAAAUCAACAGUCUCCAAGAUAUUUUCCGAAUACCACCACAUACCUAUAAUCGAUGCCGACCUCCUAGCCAGAGAAGUGAUCGAACCAGGAACAUCAGGCUUCACGACCAUCGUCAAUCAUUUCGGUCCAGAUAGGAUCCUCGACGCUAAUGGUAUACUUGAUAGAGCCGCUCUUGGUGAAAUCAUAUUCAAUGAUCCGAACGAGAGAAAAUGGCUUAAUGGGGUUAUACACCCCUUAGUAAGACGGGAGAUGGUCAAGAGGACUGUGAAGUAUUGGCUUAAAGGUGAAUGGGCGGUAAUCGUUGAUGUGCCGUUGUUGAUUGAGGCGGGUAUGUGGAAAUGGGUAGGAGAGAUUGUGGUCGUAUAUGUCAAUGAGAAACUCCAAUUGUCUCGUCUCAUAUCCCGUCCCCUCCCCAAUUCACCCCCCUUAACGGAAACACAAGCUAAAUCACGUAUAUCCUCUCAAAUGUCUCUCUCUGAGAAAAUCAAUUAUUCAACUUACGUGCUGGACAACUCUGGGACGAUCAAAGAUUUGGAAGUUCAAAUUGAUAAACUGGUGAAUAAAUGGAAGGUAUCUCAAGGUUUUGGGAUUGGUAUACCGGUUAUAGAUGGAUGGUGGUACAAGUUAUGUUGGCUCGUACCUCCUGUUGGACUUACAGCAGGAUUGAUGGUUUUGAUAUCGAGGUGGAUGAAAUAUAAUUUCGGUGGGAAUAAGAAAGGAAGAAGGAAAGGAAGAGGUGAAGUGGAAAGAAAUUGGAAGCCUGAAGAAAUUGAACUGAGGGAGAGGAAUGGUAGACCCGGAGGAAGGAGGAGGAGAGGUGGGAGUAUCACCGAUGAGUGA